CAAGCGUGUCGAGGCUGUCAAAGACGUAAGACGUGUCACACUGGGACGGCGUGCUAAUGCAGGUGUGUCGCCUGCCGUGUGUGCAGGUAAAAGUACAGGUGAACAUUGCGUUGAAAGAAAUACCUUCCUGUCUGUUCAUUCUUUCAUUCAAGACAACAUCAUUUAAGAGAGCCAUUGGUCACGCUGUGACGUCAUGGCCUGUUGCAGCUCAUUUGCUGGUCUCAUCUUCACCUUGCUCUUGCUGGUUGUGUCGCUGACCUUGACCUUGAUCGGCAUCCUGACGGACUGUUGGUUCUUUGUGGAUACGAAAGGUAUUCUUCUGGACGGGGAGACUGUCAAGAGAGACAACUACCAUUUUGGUUUCUGGAGGAAAUGCUAUGACAACCUACCUUCAGAACUACCACUUAAUGAGGAUUUAGCGGCUGAGAAAAACUGUGUUUUAAUCUAUGGGAAACUCACUCCUAAAUCAGGACAAAAUCUUACAACUAAAGAAGAUUUGCUCAUUGAGCUGUCCAGGUCUUACAUUGGACUGACCAUAACAUUCGCUGCUGUCCAGUUGGCCACCAUCUUGAUACUUCUGUGUGGCACCUGGCCAGGACGGUGUGGCCAGGUCAAGCGGCCAUGUUUGUACGUUCUGGCCGUCAUCGUUCAGACCCUAGCUACCAUGUGUGGUGUAGCUGCAGGCAUUUGUUUUCUUGCUGCCAGAGAUGUUGAGGUCAGUGACCUGAUGCUGUACACAAACGCCAACACUAGCUUUGGAUAUUCCUUCAUGCUGCACUGGAUCGCCACUGGUAUCAGUUUCUGUAAUGGGGUCUUUAUUUUAAUACUGUAUAGAUGGGCUUCAGAUUAUGUUCAUACAAAUUCCAAACUUAGGUAGAAGUCAUUUCACUCAUCUUGAAAAAAAAAUUGUUUAUAAAUUAACAAACUAAAGAGACU